AUGAUGGUGCAGUGGCUGGUGUCCUCCGGUCAUACGGUGCUGCUGUGGGGUGCGGCGAACGCCGUGUUCCUGGCGGGCGCCACCCUACUGCUGAGCUGUUUGCAGAUGUUAGCGAGCUAUGCGCGGAAAUGGCACCAGAUGAGGGCUAUCCCAACGAUUGCCCGCGCCUUUCCUCUGGUGGGCCACGCGCUGAUGAUGAAGCCGGACGGAAAAGAAUUUUUUCAGCAGAUAAUUCAGUAUUCUGAAGAAUACCGACAUAUGCCACUGCUGAAACUCUGGAUCGGACCAGUGCCAAUGGUGGCCCUUUAUAAUGCAGAAAAUGUAGAGGUAAUUUUAACUAGUUCAAAGCAAAUUGACAAAUCAUCUAUGUACAAGUUCCUAGAACCAUGGCUUGGCCAAGGACUUCUUACAAGUACUGGAAACAAAUGGCGCACCAGAAGAAAAAUGUUAACACCCACCUUCCAUUUUACAAUUCUAGAAGAUUUCUUAGCUGUUAUGAAUGAACAAGGAAAUAUAUUGGUUAAUAAGCUUGAAAAACAUGUUAACCAAGAAGCAUUUAACUGUUUUUUUUACAUCACUCUCUGUGCCUUAGAUAUAAUCUGUGAAACAGCUAUGGGGAAGAAUAUCGGUGCUCAAAAUAAUGGGGAUUCUGACUAUGUCCGUGCAGUUUAUAGGAUGAGUGACCUUACACUUAGAAGAAUAAAGAUGCCCUGGCUUUGGUUUGACUUUUGGUACCUUAUGUUUAAAGAAGGAAGGGAACACAAAAGGAGCCUUAAGAUCCUACAUACUUUUACCAAAAAUGUUAUCAGUGAGCGGGCCAGACAAAUGAAGACAGAUGAAGAAUGUAGAGAUGAUUAUGACAGGGACUCGAGCCCCAUCAAAAAUAAACGCAAGGCUUUUCUUGACUUGCUUUUGAAUGCAACUGAUGAUGAAGGAAAAAAGCUAAGCCAUGAAGACAUUCGAGAAGAAGUUGACACCUUCAUGUUUGAGGGCCAUGAUACAACAGCAGCAGCAAUAAACUGGUCCUUAUACCUAUUGGGAUCUUAUCCAGAAGCCCAGAAAAAAGUCAACAUUGAACUGGAUGAAGUGUUUGGGAGGUCUGAUCGCCCUGUUACCUUAGAAGAUCUGAAGAAACUCAAGUAUCUGGAAUGUGUUAUUAAGGAGAGCCUUCGCCUUUUUCCUUCUGUUCCUUUAUUUGCUCGGACUCUUACUGAAGAUUGUGAAGUUGCGGGCUACAAAAUUUCAAAAGGUACUGAAGCUGUCAUUGUUCCCUAUGCACUGCAUAGAGACCCAAAAUACUUCCCAGAUCCUGAGGAAUUCCAACCAGAAAGAUUCUUUUCAGAGAACAUGCAAGGACGCCAUCCAUAUGCAUAUGUGCCUUUCUCUGCUGGACCCAGAAACUGUAUAGGUCAAAAGUUUGCCAUAUUUGAAGAAAAGACCAUUCUUUCUUGCAUCCUGAGGCGGUUUUGGGUUGAAUGCAACCAGAAAAGAGAAGAACUUGGUCUGACCGGAGAGCUGAUUCUUCGUCCAGAUAAUGGAAUCUGGAUCAAGUUGAAGAGGAGAAACUCUUAA